GUCGACGACGAUGGGGAGGAUGGCCACAGCACCGGACGAGCGAGCAUCCACCCGUAAACACCGACUGGCCUGGGGAACGAACUACUCAUCAUGGAUGACUUGCACCGGCCAGACUCCAGAGGCCCAGCCAGUAUCAUGCGGAUCGCUGCCAGAAAGGGGCAGUCCAUGAGAUACUUUGAGAAAGAUAAAUAGAGGCCGCACGUCCUCUCUUUCUGUUGCCUCCAUCAUCCAUCAUCCAAGCCUCUCCUCCUCAGCCUAGCUAGCAUCCUUACCAGCCUCACCAGCCAGCACAUCCGCCAGCAUGCGUUCCGCCACUCUCCUCGCCCUCCUCCCCCUGGCGCUGGCCGCGCCCUCCAUGACCAAGCGCGAGUCGCCCGCGCCCCUCAUCGUGCCCCGCGACGCCGACGUGGUCAAGGACAAGUUCAUUGUCAAGUUCAAGGACGACAUUAUGUCCACCAACGCCGUCGGCGCCGCCAUCGCCUCCAUCAAGGCCGACGCCGAUUACCAGUACUCCAAGGCCUUCCGCGGCUUCGCCGCCACCCUGACCGCCGACGAGCUCGAGAACCUGCGCAACGACCCGACCGUCGACUACAUUGAGCAGGACGCCGUCAUGACCAUCUCCAACACCCAGCGCAACGCCCCCUGGGGCCUCGCCCGCAUCUCCUCCGCCUCCCCCGGCGGCAGCACCUACACCUACGACGCCUCGGCCGGCGCCGGCACCUGCGCCUACAUUGUCGACACGGGCAUCGACACGAGCCACCCUGACUUCAACGGCCGCGCCAGCUUCGCCGCCAACUUUGUCGACUCCAACAACGCCGACGGCCAGGGCCACGGCACCCACGUUGCCGGCACCGUCGGCGGCACCACCUACGGCGUGGCCAAGAAGACCACCCUCUACGCCGUCAAGGUCCUCGGCGACGACGGCAGCGGCACCAACUCGGGCGUCAUUGCCGGCAUGGACUUUGUCUCCGACGCCAACGACGACUGCCCCAACGGCUCCGUCGUCAACAUGUCCCUCGGCGGCGGCUACUCGAGCGCCAUCAACUCGGCCGCGGCCGGUAUUGUCAGCUCGGGCAAGUUCCUCGCCGUCGCCGCUGGCAACGAUGGCGUGGAUGCCCGCAACUCGUCCCCGGCCUCCGCAUCCUCAGCCUGCACGGUCGGUGCCACCGACAUUGACGACGUGUUCGCCUACUUUUCCAACUACGGAUCCAUCGUGGACGUCCUGGCGCCUGGUGUCAACGUUCUCUCUGCCAAGCCCGGUGGUGGCUCGCAGACCCUCAGCGGCACCUCCAUGGCCACGCCUCACGUCGCCGGUCUCGGCGCCUACCUCCUCGGCAAAGGCGCCAGCGCCUCCGGCCUCUGCAGCACCAUCGCCUCGUCUGGCCUCGACAACGUCAUCUACAGCGUCCCCAGGGGCACGGCCAACAUUCUCAUCAACAACGGCAACCAGUAAGGUAGCCAGCGAGAAAACGAAAGGGGGGAGGACAGAUGAUACCACUCGCUGCCAGACGGCGAGACUGUCCACCUG